AUGCGCUGGGCGCUCUGGAUGAUGAACUCGCCGCCCCGCACCCGGGAGACGGAUACCAGCUGUCUGGUGGCGCUCACCAAGGCCACCAACGUCGACGCUUCGACCGACGGUGGUGAAUCGAAGCAGAUCGCCGACUGGCGCCUCCUGCUCGGCCGCCUGCUGGCCUGCCUGACCCGCAAGGCCACCAACCUCUACCUGGCGGUCUGCGCAUGGCUCUCCAUCAAGGAGGUGGGCCUCCUGCUC